AUGGCUGAUUUUAUGUGUCCACCUGGAUGGACUACAUCAUCUAGAUAUUUGGCCAAGCAUUAUUCUGGAUGUUUCUAUCAAGGGAGCAAAUACAAAAACAUCCUGACUUCCCCAGCAAGAGUGAAUCCUUUUACAGAUAGUACAGGUGAUAAUGAGUGGGAUUCCUAUGCCACCACGACAAAGACGGCGUUCACACCCAAGAGAGGAGCCAUGUCUUCUUCCAUUCGUCAUAAAGGUAACCGAAGAUUAGGAUUUACAUACUCACUUAGUGAUCCUCUGACUCAGACACUGUACAGAGAUGAGUAUGUUUGGAAAUGCUCUUCUAAAGACAAUUUAACAAAGGAAGAUCAAUCUCAUCCUGAUAAGGACUUCAUUCAGUGGACCCUCCCUAAAGGACAUCUGAGCACAAAACUAACGCCCUGCCCCCCUAGGACAAUCUCAGCAUCCAUGGAGGAGGUGAAGAGAGCAAUAGCCAAUCAGUUCCUUUCCCAUACUAAAAGAGACUUUGUGGAUGUUUCUAAAGCUCAGAACAUGAAGGAAAGUUGCCCAAUGACUCUGGAAUGGAAAACGAACCUUCCCCGACCUCUAGAUACUGAGUUUCGAAGGAAUUACCAAAUUCCAGCUAAAAUUCCAGAGCUACAGGAUUUCAGUUUUCGGUAUAGAUGCUAUGCGCGCCUGCCGGUUGCUUCUCAGGGUCUAGUCCCUAUAGUGCUGAACAGCUAUAUUAAUAAUCAGGAACGCAUAAAGAAGCAGACAUCCUACCAGAGUGACUACGGGAAAGCCUACAUGGACUUCCUGAUGAUUUUAAACUCCUUUUCUCCUUCUCAAGUCAGUGAGUACCUGCAGAGUGUUUCUGACAGAGACAGGCAAAUUCUUGACCGCUUUCUUCAUUCGCACAGUUACACGAGCAAGAAAAAAAAUGGGAAGAGCACCAACUCAAUGAAGAAAGCCAGCACAUCCAUGGGAGCUCCAGAAUCUAUCUAGUUGUAUUCACAAUACUCAAGGAAAAAAUAAGACACAAAUUGAUUCAGAUUUUAUUUCGCUUUAGUUUUUCAUACAAGUUAAAAUUCUUGAAGGCUACAAAUUGUCCUCUGCAUAUAACUUCAGUUGCAUGUGAGAUAUUUUCCUAUCAGGUCUUUUC